AUGUCUGUGCGGCUACUGCGGGGCGAGUUCAAAGAUCCAUGCCGCGCUUUCGACUUCUCAAACUUGGGAGACAUCGAGCUCAAGAAAGGUGACACCGGAGGGGCACUAGCUGCUUUGAACACAGCGAUUGAGGUGGAAUCCCGCUGGCCCACGAUCUGGCUUCACCGUUCUCAGGCCAAGCUUCAGCACGGUGAUUUCGAGGGGGCCAUCGCUGAUGCCACUGCAGCCUUGGAGCUGGACGGGCGCAUCACCUUGGCCUACUCCUCACGCGGAGAGGCACGGCUGCAGUCAGGCGAUGCACUCAAUGCGGCUAUUGACUUCGACACCUUCCUGGCGCAAGAGCCAACGCAUGCCAACAUCUUGUGGCGAAGAAGCAGAGCCCGCUUGGAACUGGGACGACUUCGCGAGGCACUGGCCGACAGCCAGGCUGCUUUGGACGCUGGCGGAUUAACCAGCAAAGAGCAGGCCGACUGCCACCUGGUGACCGCCCUGGGCCGAAUGCGUCUCGCGGCGGGGCCGGAGUCCGUUUCAAAAGCCUGUACCUCCGCGCUGCUCCUGAACCCCAGUUUGCACGAGGCCAUGCUCGUUCGCGGCCAAGCGCAGCUUCAACUGGGCUUCUUUGCCGCCUGCGAGCUCGACUGUAGCGAUGCCUUGAAAGCGAUUCCAGACAGCGCUACUGCCUGGGCCACGCGGGGCAGAGCGCGGCUGAGGCAAAAAUGCUACCGGGAGGCAGCUGACGAUUGUCGGCAGUCUCUUGAACUCGAUGCUCAGUGCCGCUUGGCCAUGUCGACACUGGGUGCGGCGCUGCUGAAUUUGGGUGACAACCAAGGGGCCCUUGAGUAUUGUGAUCAAGCGGUACACGCCAUGUUGGAUCCGAAAGGGGAAGCCGAGGCCAAAACUCAGAAAAAGUCCAAAAAGAAAGCCGGCAUGUCACGAAACAAGGAGCGUCGGAAGUUCAAGGAGAAGAAGACAGUCAGCAAGAUUGCUGCCUCCAGUGCCUCUCUCACUACGUCAGCAACUGCAGAGCCAGAAGUCACCGACAAUGGCCUGCAGGAGUUGGAGAUGACCGAGCCCAGCCCCGAAGAAUCGGAGCAAAAAGCCGAGGUGGAAGCAGGACAGGAGCAGGAGGAGCAAGCCCCGGACAGCCCUGUGGCUGACUCACAAGACGGGGACGGAGGUCAGGAAGGAAAUUCCCUUGAUGCCGAGAUGUCUGCCGUCCAAGUGGAAGCCGAGCGGGACAUGGACAGAUCAGAGAUCGAGGAGCUGGCGGACCUGUACACGAUGCUGGCUCAGGCCAAAGUGGCGCUGGGAGACUUGGACGGAACUAUUGAAGACUGCUCUCGUGCUUUGCAGCUGAAUGAGCGAGUCCCGUUCUGCUGGGCAGCACGCGCCGAAGCCAAGCGAUUGCAGGACAAGCUGGAUGAUGCUGUCGCAGAUGCCAACGAGGCGCUCCGCUUGGAUCCAUUGAAUGUGCCAGCCUACAUCACCAGGGCAAAGGCGAAGUUGAAAGCAGCGCAUUGGCAAUUUGUCGUCACAGAUUGCAGCGAAGCACUAGCUUUGGAUUUGCACCAGAGCAGUGCCUGGUCCACGCGAGCAGCGGCCAGGCUGGAGCUCGGUGACAUUUCCGGGUCUGUGAGCGACGCACGAAGUGCCAUCACAUUAGAUGCGGCAAACGUGGAUGCAUGGUGCGCUCUAGGUGGAGCCCUUCUAGACAACCUCGACAUCGUCGCUUCUGCCGAGGCAUCCAGCAAGGCUAUCGGCCUGGACUCGGACUGUGCGCGAGCCUGGUUCAACAGAGGCUGCGCACGGGCCGACCUGCAGGACUUUGACGGUGCCCGAAAAGACUUCGACGAGGUCGUCAAGCUGUGGCCGGAAAGCUUCAUGGCUUUUGCUCACCGUGCCCACAUUCGUCUGAAGCAGAACGACCCGGAAGGUGCAUUGCAAGAUUGCGAACAGGCGCUGCAACUGGACAAGCGGCUCGUGAGAGCGAUGUGCACCCAAGCUCAGAUCAAGCGAAUUAUGGGUGACCUGAAAGGAGCCGUGUCCGAUGCAACAACAGCGCUGAAGUAUGAUCCAGACUGCGCGUCUGCUUUCUCCAUCCGUGGCCAGGCCUAUUCGAAAAUGGAGAAGCACGACAAAGCAGUCCAGGAUUGCCAAAGAGCCAUAAAGCUGGACCCACCAACCUUGGAGACUCCGAUGUUGGCGUGGCGGCACGCUUGUGCGUCUGAUCCGGUCGCGUCGCCGAUGACGGUGUGGGAGUUUCAGGCUCUGGCUGCCAAGAUGAAACAAGAAGCGAAGGCCCAAGCAGCGGCAGAGGCCGCAGCAAAAUGGGCGCGGAAGGCCAAAGCCGCUGCUGCGAAGAAAGCUGAGGAAGAAGCACUGAGAGCAAACAUGAAGAAAAAUCGCAAGAGUGUGAGGUGA